AUCAAGUUUGAUUUGUUAACAUUCACUGAAAACCCUAAGGAGACAACAACGGCACGAUGGUGAAAGGGAUCGUUGUUCUUUUGGGCAUAUGUGCUGUCAUCGCUCUCACCAAAGGCACGCCAGUGAAAAAUGCAGUCGAUGCUAGCAAGUUGCUCAAAGCUCUGAAUGAUGCCACUGUAGAAAAGCCAGAUGUUGCUGGAGUGAAGGCCAAUGGGGAAAAAUUGCUUGCUGGAAAAGCAGCAGGUUCCGUGGUGGUUGCUGACAAAAAAGUUGAGUUGCCUUUGCCCGCGGACCGGCGUCGCAGGGAUGCUGUCAAUGUAGACGACUCGGAGAUCAAAGAAAAACUGGGCGACAAGGCGGAUAAAGUGAAGGACACGGUGGAAAAUGCAAAGGGCAAAGCAGGUGAAAAAAUCAAUGAGGCACAAAAAAAGGUUUCGGAAACGUUGAGCGGUGCCACCGAUACAGUUGGAAAAGCUGCUGAAGAAAGCAAGUCAAAGGUAUCCGAAAUGUUGGACAAGGCUAGAGAUUUUCUUGGGCUUUAAUAAUUGCGAAGCAGAAAAUUUAUAAUAAGUUGGCGCAAUUCAUUUUUACUUAAUCGUUGUAUAAAGGCAAGCAGCUGAUAUUUCCUCCAAGCAUAAA